ACCAGCAGGCAGCAGUGUUGUUGUUGUUGUUGUUCAAGGUUUAUAGAUAAUAUACUAUCUUUAAUCUUUUAUCGUGCAGCAGCUGUGUUGUUGUUGUUUUUAUCAUGUAUCGUGAUAAUAGCAGUUGGUCGUCCACGCGUUCUUACUUGCCGAUAGCGGGAAAACUUUAAAACGAAAAUCGCGAAAUGAAAGCUACUUUCAAAGCUUAGACUACCGGUUGAUGGUCACCGUUUACUUCGCCGUCUAUAACCGCUGACACUAUGACCAAUGUGGACGUUUUGGAACAAUUGCAGCUGGUGCUCAGGCCCGACUCGUCGGACCGACGGAUCGUGUGCGUCGAAGAGACAGACACCGCCAAAUCGGACGUGAUCCUAUCGUUUUACAUGUGGUACGUGUUCACCAAGACCGACCGGCCCGUGUGCAUGGUUGGUGUUCGAGACACCUAUGGUCACUACCAGAACGUAGGCCUGAAGUUCCAUUACAACCUGCUGUCGAUGUACAAUCAGAAACGGUUUGAGUUCAUCGAGUCUGCCUCGUCCGUCGACAGUCUGGUCGGCUACGCGCAGGACUUGUUGCAAAAGUACCCCACCGGCUUUGUCUACAUGGUGGUGGAUGACAUUAGUUCGUUGUUACUGUUGGGUGAGAAAUUUGAAGACAUUGUUGGAUUCCUGGUGUUCGCCAAGAGCCAACCUCGCCUUUGCCUUGUGCUGGGCUGUUGGAAACACAAGGCAGACGAAUCAGCUAAGAGGUUAGCAUCCGCUGUAUCGCAUCUGGCCGACAUCAGAGUGGCACUGGCACCGUUAGUUACAGGAUUUUCAAACACUGCGACAGGCACUAUGAGGAUCACUACACAUGAAUCAAUGUUUUGCAUAGACGACGUGUCUUACUUGUACAAGUUGGCUGAUAAUGGACUCAAGUUAACUUUAAAUUCAGGCAAUGUCAGAUAAAAUCAUUAAGUUUUUAACAUUUUAUGAACUGUUGUAAAAUUAUAUGAUUUAAUGAGUGCUGUUUGUAUAAAAAUAAUUUAAAUAUUGUAAAUAAACAUUAACUAACAAUAAC